AUGGCCGCCAAAAACUCCACUGUCACAGCUCAACUCCACACCGGAGCCACCAUCCCAUUGCUCGGGUUCGGUACUUGGCGUUCCACCGAAGAGGACGGAUACAACGCUGUUCUUGCGGCUCUUCGUGCCGGUUACCGUCAUAUCGACACCGCGGCUGUUUAUGGUAACGAAGCCGCAGUCGGAAGAGCCAUCCGCGAUUCCAACAUUCCUCGCGAAGAAUUGUUUGUCACCACCAAGUUGUGGAACACCCAGCAACGCGAGCCUGCCAAGGCUUUGGAACAGUCGCUCACCAGAUUGGGCCUCAAGUACGUUGACUUGUACCUGAUGCACUGGCCAUUGCCGCUCAAGACCGAGCGUAUCGAGGGCGACAACUUGUUUUCCGUACCCACCAAGGAAAACGGCGAACCAGAUGUCGAUACCGCCUGGGACUACAUCCAAACUUGGAAAUUAAUGCUGGACCUCCCUUCAACCGGUCUCACCAGAGCGGUGGGUGUUUCCAACUGUUCCGUUAAACAGUUGCAAACCUUGAUCGACGUUUCCAAGAAGGUUCCAGUUGCCAAUCAAGUUGAAAUUCACCCUCUAUUGCCACAAGACGAACUUUACGAAUUUUGCCACAAGCAUAAGAUUUUGUUGGAAGCCUAUUCGCCUUUGGGCUCCCAGGGCUCUCCACUGGUGGAGGAACCCGUUGUAAAGGAAAUUGCUGAAAAAUACAGCAUUGACCCCGCUCAAGUUCUGAUUAGCUGGAACAUUCACAGAGGUAUCGCUGUUUUGCCAAAGUCCGUCACUCCAUCAAGAAUAGAGUCCAACUUCAAGACCGUUGACUUGACCGAAGAUGAUGUUUCCAAGCUAAAUCAAAUUCACAAGGAGAAGGGUGAAUCUAGAAUCAACGACCCUGACUGGUUCUCCUUCGAAUAA